AUGGCGAGCUUCAUCUCUUCAUACCUACCGUUUGGAAAAUCAAAGGACGAAAAUAUGCCGGCGCCUGAGAAGAACAGACAGUGGACCACGGGUCAGGAUGGCCUUGAUAAGCUUGCAUUUGGGGAGGGUGAAGUUCCCAGGCCGAAGGAGGGUGAGGUUUUGGUCAAGGUUCUUGCCGUUGGGUUGAAUUAUCGAGAUACUGAAGUCAUCAAUGGUGAUUAUAACCACCAUGCCUCCAUCCAAGACACAGACGCUCUCGUGCCCUGCUCCGACAUGUGCGGCACCGUCAUCCAGAGCUCAUCGCCAAAACUCAAAGUCGGCGCUCGCGUCAUGUCUAUCUUUAAUCAGACCCAUCUCACAGGCCAAGUCACCGAGAAAGACAUGGCCUCCGGUCUCGGUCUCCCUCUUCCCGGCGUCCUAACAGAAUAUCGCUGCUUCUCAGCCGACGCUCUUGUCCCCGUGCCCGAUUAUCUCUCCGACGAGGAAGCAGCGUGUCUCCCCAUCGCAGCUGUGACCGCCUGGAUGUGCAUCAACGGCAUGCGACCACUCGGCCAGCCUGCUGAUGGUGGUAAGAAGAAGGAAACUGUUCUUCUGCAGGGCACGGGUGGUGUAGCGAUUGCGGGGCUGCAAAUCGCCAAAGCAGCUGGUCUAAACGUCAUCAUCACUUCUUCAUCCGACGAUAAGCUCGAGCGCGCAAAGAAGGAUUUCGGCGCUGACACGGGCAUUAAUUAUCGCACGCACUGGGAGUGGCAAGAGCCCGUCAUGAAGGCGACAGAGAACCACGGCGCGGACAUCAUCUUCGAGACAGGCGGUGCGCGAACACUCCGCAAGUCAUUCGACUCUGUAGCCUUUGGCGGGCUGAUCAACUGCGUGGGCUAUCUCUCCGGCAAAGAAGAGGAGCAGGACACCGGGGGCAAAGUGGGCGUGAAUGUGCUGGCUCUGAGGAGGAAUGUGACGCUCAAGGGGAUCCUGAACGGGCCGAAAGAUCGGUUUGAGGAGAUGGUGGCGUUUUAUGAGAAGCAUUCUAUUCACCCUGUUGUGAACAAGGUGUUUGGGUUUGAGGAGGCGAAUAAGGCGUUGGAGUUUUUGAGCAGCGGGCAGCAUUUUGGGAAGGUAGUGGUGAGGGUUUCGAAGAAGGAAUAG